AUGGGGAAACAAGGAAGAGAGGAGGAGAAGGCGGAUGGGGAGGAGAAUGAGGAGGAGGAGGAGGAGGAGGAGGAGGAGGAGGAGAAGGAGGGGGAGAAGGAGAAGACUUUGAGAGAUGAGCCGCCAGAAUUGUCUCAUAGUUCGUUUGGGCUUUCAGGAUCGGACUGUAUCCCAACGUAAGAAGGCAAUAUUUUUAAUCUCACAAUUCCUUAUUUGCAACUGUGCUUGGAGGGUCGGAGGCCAUUCGCACAGCACGCAGUACCCCGACGAUGUCAUUGUCCAGAGCUUCACCUUUACCUUCUAACUUCACAUCACGGUGACGCAUUGGUGAAAGAAACCAGUAACAUUCUCGGAGGAUUUUUGUAUGCAACAUAGGAUUAUAGAAGUGGAAGGAAUCAUGUUUGUCACACUGGGGACACAACAUCGUUUAAAAGUUGAACACAAAAAGACCGCACCAGCAUCUGGAACAACCUCCUCUUUGGCAUUCGAUUAUUACCUAAAACUUUGCUAAAAUCUGCAGAUUGGCCUAAAAAUAAUGGAAUGACAGGGAGUGGUACCCCAACUUAGUUAUUUUCCUCAGUUUGCAGAGCAACUGUUUUCUUGUUCACGUUUACUCCAAAACAACACGGUUUCAGCGCGGCUAAGCGGCAAAGCGACAAAUGUAAAUAUUUUUCCUGGAAUAAAUUUUAACAAGGUAGAUCUAGGGAAGUAUAUAAAAUUACAUGGCCGGAAUACAGGACAACAUAGAUUUUGGCGACAUUUUUAAACAAUGUGACUGUCGAAAUUAUUUAUAAACAUGUUGGGCAUGCAAAAAAGCAUAUUUGCUGAAAUAGCCUAAACGAAUAAGUAAAAUAUACAGCAUUUUAGUUUCCCACAGCUGGUCAUUCCAAUUUUCGUCAUCACAUUUAAAGAGCUAAAUCACAUACUGUUUUUUCCGACAGCCUAUGGGCACUCUAGCUCUGACAGUGAUCCCAAAACCUUCUGAAAACUUCUCAUAGUGCGUGACCUGGAAGGCAGCAUGACUGACAGGCCCGGUCUUGGUGCUAUGUUUUUCACUUUAUAAUCUUAUGCAUGUUGACAUGUCCAAAAACCAUGCUUUUGGUCUAUUGAGUUACGAAAUUUGACCCAACUUUCCACUCUGAACUUCCGUAUCCAUCACACUAUUUCGAAUUCUUUUAUAACUCUCGAGGAAAUAUGAGGUGUGAGUAGCAUUACCGACAAAGACAAGGGAGACUGGGAUGGUCAUUUCCGAGAUGUGCAACACCUGGGGCUUGAUCCCACGAUUUCUUGGCUAGAAGUCCAGUCUCCCUUGUCAUUGGCGGUAAUGCCAUUCUGCCUAUAUCGUGCGCCGCUGUGCAGCUGCUGGUUGGGCUCGAGAAAGAAUCUGUAAGGCACCUCGGAACGAUUGAGUUCCGUAAUAACGAUCGGUGAGCGCCCCUUACCAUUAUUCUGCCUAUAUUACGCUCCGCUGUGCGGUUGCAGGCGAGUUUCGAGAGAGCCCCAAGGCACAAGGCUGAAUGAGUGAGUUCCGUAGCGGCGAGCGCCCUUCUACCACCAAAUGCGAGUUACCAUUCCAUUUAUUUCUUAACUUGCACGUCCACCUCCAACCCUGGGUCAGUCACGCUGAUAAACUCUUUGAAGUUGUUUUGGUGUAUGGUUAGUCACGCUUUUAUCUAAACCCUGCAUUACAACUCAAAGUACACGCAGGUAGCAGAAACAGCUCGUGCCGUUUUUAUCACGCGAUGUUUACGCGCUAAGUGUUCUUGUGAUUAGAAUGAGCUGACUUCGGAAAACAUCUCUCGGUAGCUUCUGAGCAGACCUUGCCUCGUCAGCUUCAGUUGUUGCACUUGCAUCCGGACCUAAAGUCACAAACCAUUAUUUUUUCCAUCUUAAUCUGUACUCUGCAUCAGGGCCGUAGACUCAAAUACAGGGAUGCAAACUUAACAGGGUUCUCUGCGUUUCAUAAGUGUGGUGAAAUGUGGAAAUGUAACUAGGGAGGGUUAUGUGUGUCCUUGGAAAUCUACAACGAAAACUUUGGUAGAAGGGUAGAAGAAUAGGUAGAACGAUGAGCUUAUGCACGAAAAAUGCCACCAACAAAGACGGUGGAGACUUGAUUCGACGUUUCUGGUACAAUCGUCGUCGUCGUCCUCAGAACACUAUGUUCUAGAUAGGGCAGACCUGAUCUUGGACCAGGGCCAUUAUGUCAUCCGGCCCCAACCCCGCACUCGUUCGACUGCGAUCGGGAGUAUUUAAAAUCGCAGGGAUAGCCAUUCCAACCUACCCCGGUUGCAGAACAAAACAUGAGGCGAUUCUUUACUAAAACCCGCCCAUUGAAGUGCGAGUGCGUAUACUUGAACUCGAAGGCAAAAAGGCAUCGCCGUAUUUCGUACCGCAGUCAGGACAGAUUACUUAACACCAUUCUUAUAUGACUUUCAGUGUGCGUGCAUGCUCAAGACGGGAGUGGAGGGUCAUGCCGCAACACGUCCUGCUUGUCGUAGCCCGUUUGGCGUUCUCAUCCACUCAAGGUUCAGACUGCCCUCAUUGUGCGGAUGCAUUAUGGUCAGGUCUUGUGUGUGGUACGCGUAGACGGGCCGUUUAUCUCCGUCACCAACUCCGUCUGCGCCCACCUCUGGCCUUCUUGGUUUUGUCUCGUCACCGAAGCAGGGUGGGUGAGGAAAAAGGGGGUAGGCUAGAUGCAACACAAGCCACAGCUGUCGGGUCUACCUUGCCAGACCGUGUUAGAGGUCAUCGCUUGGAACGGUCGAACUGUCAUAAGACUUUGGGAACUUCAGACAAGUAAAAAGCAAACGUCCCCGGGCAGCUGAAGACCAGUUAGUCCGAGGUUUUGAAACAGUAACUGUUGAAGGGUCCAUCUGUGUGGAAAUACCAGUUUUCAUUUUAGACAGGAAUUGGAGAAGAAGCAGGCCCAGUCGCUGGAACAGGAAUUAUGUUCGGAGGCAGCAACGGAUAGGAAUAGUGGACUCGCAAAGGCAGCCGCAUUAAUAUGA